GAUGCCAGCCAUGCACUGACCCGCAGAGGGGAACCAAAAGACCGACUGAGGCUUGACUUCCCCACCACAGCCAAGAUGAGCCGGGUCACACUCAGGUAGGGGGUGUGUGUGUGUAUACACAACUACAUAUUCUCGUGUGUGUGUGGAUUGAUAUGUUUACAAGGUUUGUUUGUGUGCUGUUCUCUUGUUUCAUAAGUAUGUUUAUGUGUUUGCGUAUCUGUUAACGCUGUCAUUUUACUUGUUUCUUUUUAUGUGCGUGCAUCUCUCUCUCUCACUCUCUUCUCUCUUCUCUGUCCCUCUAUUGAGAGGGAUUACAAAUGCCCCCGUUCUUUGUUCUCCUGCUGUGACUAGAUUAAACUGCCUUAGCCAUGAGAGUGCGAGAGAGUUUUUAGUCCACCAUACCUUUGACUCCUGCCCAGUGGCUGACCAGAGACUUCCCACUCUGCAAGCUGAAUUUGUAGAGACCUGAAUAGGGUGGGUGUGUGUCUCUCCAUGGCAACCGCUGCUCUCUGUCAGUGCUGAGGCUGCCGCCCAUGGCUAGUGCCCCAAGGGACCAUAAUAUCCCUGUCUGUCAGUGGUCAUGUGACUCCCUGUGGUGUGUGACUGUGUGUGUGUCUCCACUUCCUGCAGUUGUCACUUGUCAGUGCCAGGAGCCAGGAUGCACAACCUAAACUGAUAUACAGCAAACCAUGACCGAUCUAUUGACAGUGUGCUCCAAUAUUUCCCUUACAAUUUAAGAAUGGAUUCGAUGCGUAUAGAGCUCAAAGAGCUUUACUUUGUAAACGGAGAGAACUCAACUAGCUUACUAGCAGUGAAAACACAUUCAACACCAGCAAUUGGCUUCGUUUAUCACCAAUAAUUUACCCCCCAAAAAAAGGAAAGCAAGUAUGUUAGUGAGGAGAUUCUUCAGACCAAAGUUGAUCUACGACUAGUCAGUAAAGAGUGGGUGUUCCCAUCUGUCUUUCUCUCGCUCUUUUCAUCCCCCUCUCUCUCUCUCUCUCUCUCUCCCCCUUUCCCUCCCUCUCUCCACCACCUCAGAGGAAUGGAUGUGUUUGUUUGUGUAUGCACGGGAUGCUAAAAAGGGAGAGGAGCGUAGCAUGCAUGUAUUAUAGCCCGGCGCUAACAAGCUCUGGCUUCCUCUGAUCAGCUUGUUUGUGCCAGCGUUUGUUUUUAUGAAUGUAAAUUGGUUGCAGAGAAGGGCGUGUGUGCGCGUGUGUGUGUGUGUGUGUGUGUGUGUGUGCAUGCGCACAGGUGCUUGUGUGUAUCCCCCCAACCCAGGGAUGCAGGUGUACUCUUUAUCUACGUACUUCCCAAUAAACAAAAAGGACAGAACAGAGGAGAGAUCAAUAGAAUAAAUGAUAGUGAUGCGUUUGAGUCUCUCUUUCACCAGUUUAUCUCCAAAGCACUGAGCUGUGGCUUUCAACGAGAGAUGAAUAAGGACAACACAGCCCGAUACUGAGAGAGCACGGCCUUUGAUAGAGAUAGAGGUCCCAUAGAUAAGAUCAGAGGAAACCGCAGAGUUUGUAUGUGUGUGCAUUUUCACGUGUGCUUGUGUGCAUUUGCGUGUGUGUGUGAGUUUGCACAAGUGUUUGUGUGCGUAGAGCCCAGGGACAUGACUAAUGUAUGAGAAUCGUUAUGGUAGUCAUUAGUGUGUGCAGUAUAAUGAUGACUAGGGAAGGGUUGUUGUUCUGAGAAAGGACAGAAGAGAAACAGUUACUGUGGGAAGUCCAGGAUAUGUUAGAAUUGACUACCUGUUGUAUCUCCUCUGUCUCUGUCACACUGUUCUGUUUAACCUUCGCUAGGGUCACAUACACACACACGCGCACACACACUCACACACUGCAUACAUACAGUACUGGAUUGUACUGUGCACAACCUCUAUCAAAUGACAUUCACACAUACUCACACAUCCAAUUAUGUUCAGGCGAACACACACUCACACAGCCUUACCUAAAUUGAAUGCAUGCAAACAUGCAUCCAUACACUGUGUGUGUGUCACUGUGUGUGUGUCACUGUGUGUGUGUCACUGUGUGUCUACCAUGUCCUUUCUGCUCUCCUCUAUGUUGUUGCUGAAGGCUUAUAUGAUAGGCAGUUGAUUACCUGCUCAUUCAGGUUGAUUUGCUUGCGUCUGAUUGUCUCUCGCCCUCCCUUUCAUCCUUUGUUCCUCUUUUGCUGACUUACCUAAUGCUCGUUCCUCUCUCUCUCCCUCCUCUUUCUCUUUCUCUCUCUCACCCUCCCUCUCUUUCUUUUUCUUUGAUGCAUAACCACUGUAAUCACGGAUCCUGUUCUCCUUCUCUCUCUCCCUCUUUCUCCCCCUUGCUUCCCUCCCCUCUCCCUCCCUCCCUCCCUCCCUCCCUCCCUCCCUCCCUCUCUCCUGUUUGUGUGUAUGAGUCACAGUCAAUUCUCCUGUGUUCAUAGCAGACCCCAGAGCCACACAACCAAUUACAUUGCCCUAAUGAGCACAGAGCAGGACAGGCAGCCAGCCAGCAGGUCAUCCCUGGUCUGUGUGUGUGUGUGGACAUAGUGUGUGUGUGCGAGUAUGUGUGUUUGCAUAUGCAUGAUUUUAUUGGAUUUAUUUUUAUUAUAGUGUCAUCUAUCUUCAGGAUGCCCAGCCCACAAGGGCCUAUAGGACAUUGAAUACAUUUACAUGCACACUAAUAAUUCGAAAUUAAACUGAUUAUGGCAGUAGGCCGAGUAUGACAAUAGUCAUGUAAACACUUUACUCUGCUUAUCUUAAAAGGUCAAAAUCGAAGUAAGCAUACGCCGAUUAAAACACCAGGUUUUUUUUUUAGCAAUCUUUUUGAAUUAUUAGGACAUUUAAACAGCUUAAUCAGCGUUCCCGCUGUGUAUUUGUUCUGCGCAUGUGCUAGCAACAGUAGCGCACGCCUCCCACUAAUGCGCGAGUAUGUCCGAACAUCGAAUAGGCUUUGCAAAAAUAACAUGGUCGCUGUGGUAGAACGUUUAUUUUGAUUGUUGAUUUUCUGCAUUUAUUGAAGUCCCAUCAGUAGCCUGAUUUCAGAUGUGUCCAUGUAAACAGGAGUAUUAAGGAAAUCGUUCUUCUUGCAAAGCAUGUAAACGUUUUAAAUAAACUAUUAUAUUAAUCUAUGCACAAUAAUUGUAUUAUUGUGUGCAUGUAACCGCACUCACUUUACUCUAGCCAAAAAUUAUCAUACAUACAUACAGUGCAUUCGGAACGUAUUCAGGCUCCUUCCCUUUUCCUCAUUUUGUUACGUUACAGCCUUGUUCUAAAAUGUCUUAAAUAUUUUUUUACCCUCAUCAUUCUACACACAAUACCCCAUAAUGACAAAGCGAAAACAGGUUUUUAGAAAUGUUUGCUAAUUUACAUAACUAUUCAGACCCUUUGCUAUGAGACUCGAAAUUGAGUUCAGGUGCAUCCUGUUUCCAUUGAUCAAUCAAGUUGUAGAAGUCCACCUGUGGUAAAUUCAAUUGAUUGGACAUGAUUUGGAAUGGCACACACCUGUCUAUAUAAGGUCCCACAGUUGACAGUGCAUGUCAGAGCAAAAACCAAGCCAUGAGGUCAAAGGAAUUGCCCGUAGAGCUCCGAGACAGAAUUGUGUCGAUGCACAGAUCUGGGGAAGAGUACCAAAACAUUUCUGAAGCCUUGAAGGUCCCCAAGAACACAGUGGCCUCCAUCAUUCUUAAAUAGAAGAAGUUUGGAACCACCCAAGACUCUUCCUAGAGCUGGCCGCCCCGCCCAACUGAGCAAUCGGGGAGAAGGGCCUUGGUCAGGGAGGUGACCAAGAACCCGAUGGUCACUCUGACAGAGCUCCAGAGGUCCUCUGUGAAGAUGGGAGAACCUUCCAGAAGGACAACCAUCUCUGCAGCACUCCACCAAUCAGGCCUUUAUGGUAGAGUGGCCAGACGGAAGCCAUUCCUCAGUAAAAGGCACAUGACAGUGUUAGCAGUUGAUGUUAUUCUUCAAUAACACAGACCCCAACGCAAAUCAGGGGGAGAAAAAUAUAUUUAUUCAAAGAGAACAAAUCAUAGUUGUUAUGCUGGGAAGUAGAUGGUAAUGUUCAUUCUUCCCUGUUCUCAAUGUUUCUCCACUGAACAAAGAGACAGGAUGCAGUUUAUAGCCUCAAGCCUAGCAUAUAGCUAUUUUCAUCCAUAUCGUGUAAACCAUUUAGCAUUUAGAGCACUUUUUGUAUAUUGUCCCCCCAAUUCACUUAUGUGUAUUAAAGUAGUCAUAAGUUUAGUAUUUGGUCCCAUAUUCCUAGCACGCAAUGACUACAUCAAGCUUGUGACUCUACAAACUUGUUGGAUGCAUUUGCAGUUGGUUUUGGUUGUGUUUCAGAUUAUUUUGUACCUAAUAAAAAAUGUAUGGUAAAUAAUGUAUUGUGUCAUUUUGGAGUCACUUUUAUUGUAAAUAAGAAUAUAAUAUAUUUCUAAACACUUCUACAUUCAUGUGGAUGCUACCAUGGAUAUGGAUGAUCAUGAAUUAAUUGUGAAUAAUGAUGAAUGAAAAGUUACAGAGGAACAAAGGUCAUACCCCCCAAAAAAUGCUAACCUCCCCUGGCAUUGGUAAUGGUGAGAGGUUAGCAUCUCUUGGGGGUAUCUUUGUGCCUCUGUGUCUUUCUUACUCAUCAUUAUUCACGAUUCAUUCAGGACUAUCUGUAAUCAUGGUAGCAUCGACAUUAAUGUAGAAGUGUUCACAAUGCAUUCCUAGGGAAAUGAAAAAUAAUUGAAACUCAAAACAAAAAGCCUUGUAAGCCUUCUAAGCUUGGGAAAUAACAUUUGCAUCCAGGAACACUUCUUUUUCUAAAUAGGCAUUCAAGUCUUUCUUAAUCACUAAUCCAGAAUAGUUGUGGUUUCUGUUGUUGCAUUUUUUCAAACAAGGUUACUCUUCAUUCAUCAAAUAAAGUACAGUAAAAUAAAAGUGCCGUUCAUUCUCCAUCUUCCCUAAAUUGCAGACUGUACAUAGCCGCUUUUUUUCAUCAAUGGCAUUGAACCUACCUUCUUAAAUUGCCAGAGGCAGUAUACCGGUUCUCAACUGGUCCUACAGAGACCUUUGAUGCACAUUUGAUUGUGUGUGAAUGUGUGGCCUGCCAGAUCUAGUCAUUAGCUCCACUCCCCUGCUCAGCGGUGUGUUGGUAAAGUCACUGAGGUGGAUCUAAAUCUAUGCAGGUUCUCUGAGGGAAUCCUUCCCCUCCAUCUACUAGGGUCUAAUGGCAGCCUGCCGUGUGCGUGUGCACGCGAGAAAGAUUUGGUACAGUAGAGGGUGUGUGUAUACAGUCUUUGAAUGCGUCCCAAAUGGUACCCUAUUCUCUCUAAAGUACACUACUUUUGAACAAAGCCAUAGGGCUCAACAUAGGGCUCUGGUCAAAAGUAGUGCACUAUAUAGGGAAUGUGGUGCCCUGUGGCCUGAAACCAAUCAUGUUAGAAUGGCAAGCAGCUAAACCUAGCAUCACACACCUCUCCGCUCCACCACGCUCCAGCCGCCAUACAUAUACAACCUGACAGGGCAGGUUUCACACGCUUGCAUAAGCGCAGCUGGACCAUGUAAAUGCCAGUUAAUUUACCUUGACCUUGUUCACUCAACCACUGUCUGUCUCAGAGCGCGAAGGAAGGGGAGAGAGAGUUACUGUGUGUGUGUUUUUGUCUGUGUGUGCAAGGGUUAAAGUUAUCCGUCACUGCGACGGAUUUCCAUCAUAAGGAUUCUGGAAAGGUUGUUUUUGAAAUCAGUGUAGAUCCGCAAUAAAACUCUCCGGGGGGAGGGUCGGGGGACUGGUUUGGAGAUGACAGCCUAAUACAGAAUCAUGUCUGUUCUAUGAAAUAAAUUCCCAAAUAAAUAUAUUCUCAAAAAAUUUCUGAACUGACAUGCAUGUCUUGCUGACACUCCGAUGUUCAGAUGAAGGGCAUUAAAUAAUAUAUAAUGCUCACCACCGCAGCGUUCAACUCAAACUGAGGUGUGUAGCCUACUGUAACUGCUGGCAAAGUAAUUCAAAGCCUAUACUUUAUCACUCAGGAUGCUACUAUUUUUGCCAUGUAAUGUUAUUAAAAUAAUAUCAGACAACCCCAUAGUAGAAGAGUUUACCUAUUUACCUAGUCGGCUUGUUGUUGUGUGUUCUAUGCAAGAUAAAUAUUCUUCUCGAGGCGCAUUCAAGUUGUGAGAGCCAUGGGGGAGGAGACAUGUAUUCUGACAAGCAAUAAUAAUAACAAUCAGGAUGUUGUGUCCAAUGGGGUAAAUGCAGAUGGACAAUGCUUAAGCCUAUGUAUUUAUAGCCACUAUGCUGCAUCAUUUGGGCUACAGGUGAUAAUGCUUAAGGCUAAUGGCACAUCUGAUAAUAUAGCCUAUAUAUGGUCUAUAUUAUCAGAUGUUCCAUUAGCAAUAAGCUAAUGGCACACAUUUUAACAAUCAUUUUUACAUACGUUUUACCAAUAUGUCAUUGGGCUAAUUUCUGGAGGUGGAAAUUAUAUUUUAGAUGGUGUCAGCAUAUACAUUUUUAUUAAUUUCGGAGUAGAAUGUCCUUUUAAAAAGUCACCAGAACUGAGCUUCUCAGUCCUCCUUCAUAAAAAUUAUCCUGGGAAGGACCCCGGACUCCCUAAGCAAGAGAAUCGGAAUUGGUCAAACUCGCAGUUUAAUACAUGUACAUAAUGAUCCUCUUUCCCUAAAAGUAUGAUGGUCAUUACUUUUUUACAUGAAAGGGGAGGUUUACUUGGCCCCAGACAAUCGAUCUGAGAUUGUUUGAAAUUUCAGUCAUGGGAUUUUUUUGGCUUUAACCCCUGUGUGUGUUCAUCUCACAAUUGCUAAUAAAAGCUUGUAAAUGUGAAGACUGAACGCACUCUAGAAAAUUGAUGUGGGUGUAUGUAUUACUGUGUGUUCCUAUUUGUGUGUAUCUGUGUUCCUGUUACCAUUUGUGUGUGUGUAUGAGAGAGUGUGUGUCAGUCUCUGACUGUGUGUUUUGUCUCUGCAGCCCCCUGACCAAGACAGUGGAACUCUCUGGAGAACAGGGACCGCUGGGGAUCCACGUCGUCCCCUACUGCUCCUCACUGAGUGGACGGUGAGGAACACACACACUUACUUUCACUCCCUAUACAUUGAAGGCUGGUUUGUGUGUGUGUGUUCAAACUGUAUGUAUCAUCCAUUCUCAGGACCCUGGGCCUGCACAUUAAAAGUAUCGAGGCGAACAGUCGCUCCAAGAGAGAGGGCAUAUUCCAGGAGGAUGAGUGCAUCGUUCAGAUUAACGGCACUGAGCUAAUGGACAAGACCUUUGCCCAGUACGUACCUCAGCUCUACGCUAUCACAGGAUGUGUCCCAAAUGUCUCCGUAUUCCCUUUAUGGUGCACUCCUUUUGACCAGGGCCCAUAGGUCCCUGGUCGAAAGUAGUGCACUAUGUAGGGAAUAGGUUGCCAUUUGAGACGCAUCCUGUGUCAUUUUGGAUGCAAGCCUGCUCUACACUAUCACACAUCUACCAGUGUGAGGCCUGUCUGUCACUCAGUUUCCCUUUUAUUUUCCCUUUUAUUAGGAGCCCUUCUUAAUCCCUGCUCUUCCAAAUCCUCCCUAUUGCUGGACUUAUCUCACACCACAUCUCCACAGCAACAAAAGAGUGUGAGAGAGAAAACGAAAGCGAGAAACACUCAUUCUCUCGCUUCACUGUUGUCGGGAAUAGGUUCAUUUAGGACUAUCACAGACUUCAAAAGGAGUGGGACAGUAGCUGUGAGGGCUAGAGAGUGAGAAAGAUAAGAGAGAGACAAACAGAAAAAAAAGAGAGAAUGGGGGGGGGCUUCAUGGAGGAUUGUCUAAUCCCCUGCCUGAAUGAAAUGCCCAGUAAAAGAGGUGGACCUUGUUAGAUCUGAUAGCGUAGCCCAGAACAGGCUUGACAAUAGGUCUGACACUGCUAGCCUGGUCCUUGAGAACCAGUCGCUACUAGUGACUACUACUAGAGAUUACUUGUCUAAAGACUACUUGUCUUUAGUGAAUUGUCUCUAGAGGGUGCAGUCUGUGACAGCUAGUCAAUGCAGGUGUUGAAUGAGAACUUAGUAAGCUUGAGUGUACUGGUGUUGGUACCAAUGGAAGCUCUGUGCUUGGUCUACUAGUAGCUACUACUAGAGUGACAGUGUGAUCUUCCAACACAUUUCCAUAAGUACAUAGUGGAAAACCGUACAAUCAAGUCGGAUAUAACAGUAUUCUCAACAUUCAGUUAUGUGCUUACAGACAUUGAUGAUGUCACUUCCUCCCACACCCACAGGUCCCAGGAAGUGUUCCGUCAGGCCAUGUCUUCCCCUCUGGUGCGCCUGGAGGUCCUGCCGCUGGCCAACAAGCAGCGCUAUGAGAAACGCCUCAUCGGGCAGCUCUUCACCGACGGUCACGACUCCGUCCCCAAAGCCAAGAGCCCCCUCAUGAUCCACCGAAGAAUGGACGCUAAACCAGAAGUGAAACCAGAAACCGUGAAACCAGAACAGAUCAAUCCCAAACUGGAGCCGAGACGUCCAGACCUCCAUGUCCUCCGCUCCAAGACCCCCGAUCUGCCAGCCUCUCUCACCCUGCAAGGGGAGCACCAGACUGGGCACAUCCCCGAGGAGAGGCCCCUCAGUGUGUCCCCAGCGGUCAGGGAUCGGGAUGGGGCCUCCCCCACGGCGGUGGGGGGCAACGAGAGCCCCCUGCCCCAGGAAAAGAGUCCCACUUGGCUCCCUAACCUGACCAACCAGAUGGGAGGCCGGAAGCUGAAGAUUGACCUGAAGAAAGGUAUGGAGACACUAUGGAAAAGGGGGACACUAGAUGUUAUAGAGCACACUGAGAUGAUCCACUACUUUAUUGGUUCACAACAUUUUGAUCAAAACGGAUCUUCAACAGGUUUUCAAUUUAGUUUUCAAUCCAGUCGAUUCAGUGAAAUGAAAUUUAAAUCAUGAAUUGAAUCAUCAUAGAAAACAAAGGACAAAUCAGGAUUUACAUUUUAAUUGAAAACGGAAUUCUUAGGCUGCGUUAAUACAGGCAGCCCAAUUCUGUUAUUUUGCCAAAAGAUCAGAAUUGGGCUGCCUGUGUAAACCCGGCCUUAGAGAUUGUGGUUGUGCUCUUCUGUGGUUAAAGUGGCAAUCAGCUGAAGAAACAAUAACAAUUUCAUUCCACCCCUGUUUCGGUAAAUAGCUGAGGCAGGGGUCUGGAGAAAUGUAACCACUCUCAAAUCGAUAGUUGAGGGAGUUUUAACCAUGUUUUGAGGCUAUAUAGUGUUUGUUUACAUUUACUUUGUUUACAAACAUUUGAGUAAAACAAGCUUAUAUUUUGUGAUCUGAUGGGGUACGACAGUUGAACUAAGCUCAUGAGGCAUUUAUAAAUUAUAUUCUUCAAGAAUCAAUGGGAACAUACCAGUAAUUUAUAAGUCCAAAAAUUGAUGUAGCAACUGCUGAUUGCCCCUUUAAAGUUUUCUCUCCCAGCGUGAGUGACUGCUAGGAGGUUUAGAAGCGUUAAUGGAAGGUAGGCAGAAGCUUAGAUGCCAGAUGAGAUUUGAUCACUCGCUCACUAUCUUUAGUAUGCCACUUUUGGCUUUUCUCCACCGCUCACCAUGGUGGCAGUUUUUACUCAUUGCUUGGAGGCACGUACACACACAGGCAUGCAUGCGCACACACACAAACACACAAAUAGAUACACAUGCGAGCUUGCACACACACACACACACACACACACACACACACACACACACACACACACACUCUUGAAAUCACACUGUGAGUCCACAGGGAGAGGAGCCAUGGAAGGGAACGAUAUCUCAGGAUAUCUCUCUCUCUCCCUCCCUCCCUCACCUCUCCUUCUUUCUCUCCCUUCACCUUCCUCCAUCAGGCAGUGUGAGGCCUGCUCACACGUGAAAUUGAAGGCAGCCCUCCUCUUAAUCCACAUAAGAAAACAGUUGUCCCACUGGCUUUGUGGCUGAGGUUACGUCCCAAAUAGCACCCUAUUCCAUUUAUAGUGCACUACUUUUACCAGGGCCAAUGUGCACUAUAAAGGGAAUAGGGUGCCAUUUGAGAUGUAGCAGAGAGGGCCCCACGACAGACCAGUGGAAGAUGAUCACCAGUUUACUCAGGAGGAACCCACUAAGCCCCACACAGAAUGCAGGGCGAGUGGAGAGAUGUCGCCCUCCAUUUAUUAGCACACCAAGAGACCUUAUUGCGACAUGUUGGGAUGACGUGGGGUCAUGAUGAUGGGGAGUGGUCUGUCUGUAAUGAAGAGACGCUCUGCUUUUUUGACACCACACUACACAAAGCAAGUCCUGCAGGCUCUAGUUUUAUCUUAUCUUGAUUAUUGUCCAGCCAUAUGGUCAAGUGCUGCAAAGAAAGACCUAGUUAAGCUGCAGCUGGCUCAGAACAGAGUGGCACGUCUUGCUCUUCAUUGGAAUCAGAGGGCUAAUAUUAAUACUAUGCAUGCCAGUCUCUCUUGGCUAAGAGUUGAGGAAAGACUGACUGCGUCACUUCUUGUUUUUAUAAGAAACAAUGUGUUGGAAAUUCCAAAUGGUUUGCAUAGUCAACUUACACACAGCACUGACACACACACUUACCCCGCCAGACAUGCCACCAGGGGUCUUUUCACAGUCCCCAGGUCCAGAACAAAUUCAAGGAAACAUACAGUAUUAUACAGAGCCAUGAGUGCAUGGAACUCCCUUCCAUCUUAUAUAGCGCAAGUGAACAGCAAACCUGGUUUCAAGAAAACGAAUAAAGCAGCACCUCACGGCACAACGCCUCUCCCCCAUGUGACCUACUUGUUUUGUGUAUGUACUGACAUGAAUGUGUAACUGAUAGAUGCACACACACUACAUGUUCAUGUUUUUAAAUGUAUGUACACUACCGUUCAAAAGUUUGGGGUCACUUAGAAAUGUCAUUGUUUUUGAAAGAAAAGCAAUUUUUUUGUCCAUUAAAAUAACAUCAAAUUGAUCAGAAAUACAGUGUAGACAUUGUUAAUGUUGUUUAAUGGCUAUUGUAGCUGGAAACUGCUGAUAUCUCAGACUGGCCAAUAAAAAGAAAAGAUUAAGAUGGGCAAAAGAACACAGUCACUGGACUUUUUCUUUGCAACUCUGCCUAGGUCAGCAUCCUGGAGUCGUCUCUUCACUGUUGACGUUGAGACUGGUGUUUUGCGGGUACUAUUUAAUGAAGCUGCCAGUUGAGGACCUGUGGGGCGUCUGUUUCUCAAACUAGACACUAAUGUAUUUGUCCUCUUGCUCAGUUGUGCACCGGGGCCUCCCACUCCUCUUUCUAUACUGGUUAGAGCCAGUUUGCACUGUUCUGUGAAGGGAGUAGUAUACAGUGUUGUACAAGAUCUUCAGUUUCUUGGCAAUUUCUCGCAUGGAAUAGCCUUCAUUUCUCAGAACAAGAAUAGACUGACGAGUUUCAGAAGAAUUUCUUUGUUCCUAGCCAUUUUGAUCCUGUAAUCGAACCCACAAUUGCUGAUGCUCCAGAUGCUCAACUAGUCUCAAGAAGGCCAGUUUUAUUGCUUCUUUAAUCAGCACAACUGUUUUCAGCUGUGCUAACAUAAUUGCAAAAGGGUUUUCUAAUGAUCAAUUAUCCUUUUAAAAUGAUAAACUUGGAUUAGCAAACACAACGUGCCAUUGGAACACAGGACUGAUGGUUGCUGAAAAUGGGCCUCUGUACGCCUAUGUAGAUAUUCCAUAAAAAAUCUGCCGCUUCCAGCUACAAUAGCCAUUUACAACAUUAACAAUGUCUACACUGUAUUUCUGAUCAAUUUGAUGUUAUUUUAAUGGACCAAAAAAUUGCUUUUCUUUCGAAGUGACCCCAAACUUUUGAACGGUAGGGUAAAUUGUAAAGUAUUUUGUCUGUAAUCUCUUUUUUGUUAUAUUUUGGAUCCCAGUAAGACUAGCUGUCGCCAUUGGCGUCGGCUAAUGGGGAUCCUAAUAAAUCAAAUCAAGGAUGGGAAAGAUAGUAUAGCGAAGACUGUUUCAUGGAUAACUGAUAAUAUCCCUCUGUCCCCCACUCCCCUCUGUCUCUCUUUUGUUUUUUCAUCUCUUUUCCUCUCUUCUUAAUUCUCUCUUUCUUUCCCUCUCUCUGUCCCUCUAUCGUUCCUUUUUAAAAAACAUCUUUCUCCUUCUCUUUCUCUCCCUGUUUCUCUCUCCCCAACCCCUCCCACUCUCCCCUCUCUCACUCUCCAGGUACCGAGGGGCUGGGUUUCACCGUGGUGACCCGGGACUCGACGGUCCAUGGCCCGGGGCCCAUCCUGAUCAAGAACAUCCUCCCCCGCGGCGCCGCCAUCAAAGAUGGCCGCCUGCAGACUGGCGACCACAUCCUGGAGGUGAAACAGUCAUUCGACCUCUGACCUUUGAAUUCCUUAAAAUUCGCAUUCACCUGUCCAUUCAUUUCUAAUCAUCAGUGAUUGCUUCAUGGAAGGGAGGAAGGAAGCACUUUUUAAAGAAUUCAAACAGUGCCAUCUGUGGCUGAUUAAACUAGUUGUAUUUUUUUCUGGAAGGUGGUCAUUAAGCCUGUAAGUAUCUAGGUGGAAAUAUUUACAGUGAGGGAAAAAAGUAUUUGAAAAAAUGUUAAAGCGGUAUUUUGACAUGCAUAGGUAAGAGCUGUGCUUUUGCUAGGAAUUUUCAUGCGAGUCAGGAUAUUGGGUUUCAGUGGGAUUGGGACUGGAUAGGAAAAUAGCCUAGGCUCUAUAUGAGGCUAUAUACAGUGAGGGAAAAAAGUAUUUGAUCCCCUGCUGAUUUUGUACGUUUGCCCACUGACAAAGACAUGAUCAGGCUAUAAUUUUAAUGGUAGGUUUAUUUGAACAGUGAGAGACAGAAUAACAACAAAAAAAUCCAGAAAAACGCAUGUCAAAAAUGUUAUGAAUUGAUUUGCAUUUUAAUGAGGGAAAUAAGUAUUUGACCCCUCUGCAAAACAUGACUUAGUACUUGGUGGCAAAACCCUUGAUGGCAAUCACAGAGGUCAGAUGUUUCUUGUAGUUGGCCACCAGGUUUGCACACAUCUCAGGAGGGAUUUUGUCCCACUCCUCUUUGCAGAUCUUCUCCAAGUCAUUAAGGUUUCGAGCCUGACGUUUGGCAACUCGAACCUGCAGCUCCCUCCACAGAUUUUUUAUGGGAUUAAGGUCUGGAGACCUCCAGGACCUUAAUGUGCUUCUUCUUGAGCCACUCCUUUGUUGCCUUGGCCAUGUGUUUUGGGUCAUUGUCAUGCUGGAAUAUCCAUCCACGACCCAUUUUCAAUGCCCUGGCUGAGGGAAGGAGGUUCUCACCCAAGAUUUGACGGUACAUGGCGCUGUCCAUCGUCCCUUUGAUGCGGUGAAGUUGUCCUGUCCCCUUAGCAGAAAAACACCCCCAAAGCAUAAUGUUUCCACCUCCAUGUUUGACGGUGGGGAUGGUGUUCUUGGGGUCAUAGGCAGCAUUCCUCCUCCUCCAAACACAGCGAGUUGAGUUGAUGCCAAAGAGCUCGAUUUUGGUCUCAUCUGACCACAACACUUUCACCCAGUUCUCCUCUGAAUCAUUCAGAUGUUCAUUGGCAAACUUCAGACGGGCCUGUAUAUGUGCUUUCUUGAGCAGGGAGACCUUACGGGCGCUGCAGGAUUUCAGUCCUUCACGGCGUAGUGUGUAACCAAUUGUUUUCUUGGUGACUAUGGUCCCAGCUGCCUUGAGAUCAUUGACAAGAUCCUCCCGUGUAGUUCUGGGCUGAUUCCUCACCGUUCUCAUGAUCAUUGCAACUUCACGAGGUGAGACCUUGCAUGGAGCCCCAGGCCGAGGGAGAUUGACAGUUCUUUUGUGUUUCUUCCAUUUGCGAAUAAUCGCACCAACUGUUGUCACCUUCUCACCAAGCUGCUUGGCGAUGGUCUUGUAGCCCAUUCCAGCUAUGUGUAGGUCUACAAUCUUGUCCCUGACAUCCUUGGAGAGCUCUUUGGUCUUGGCCAUGGUGGAGAGUUUGGAAUCUGAUUGAUUGCUUCUGUGGACAGGUGUCUUUUAUACAGGUAACAAACUGAGAUUAGGAGCACUCCCUUUAAGAGUGUGCUCCUAAUCUCAGCUCGUUACCUGUAUAAAAGACACCUGGGAGCCAGAAAUCUUACUGAUUGAGAGGGGGUCAAAUACUUAUUUCCCUCAUAAAAAUGCAAAUCAAUUCAUAACAUUUUUGACAUGCGUUUUUCUGGAUUUUGUUGUUGUUAUUCUGUCUCUCACUGUUCAAAUAAACCUACCAUUAAAAUUGUAGACUGAUCAUUUCUUUGUCAGUGGGCAAACGUACAAAAUCAGCAGGGGAUCAAAUACUUUUUUCCCUCACUGUAUUCUAUGUAUUUAUGUGCACUGUGUAUAUACUGUACAUAUUUUAACCCUUUCCUGUGAUGUGUGUGUCUGUGUGUAGGUGAACGGAGUAGACAUGACGGAUCGAACUCAGGAGGAGCUGGUGGCCAUGCUGCGCAGCACCAAGCAGGGGGAGUGUGUCUCUGUGGUGGUGGCCAGACAAGAGGAGAUCUUCCUACCCAGAGUGCUGGUGAGAACACACACAUCUUUAUCUCUCUCUAGCCACCUCCAAUUGCUCUUGACUCUGCAUGAUCUUUGAUGCAGAUACGUUACCAGGAAUUUUCACCUUGCCCCUAUUUGUCUUAUAAAUGUUGUUACCUUUCGAAACGUCUUUGUCUUUCUAUUACUAUUGAAAGGCAUUCAACCUCAACUUUGAACUGCCCUUUUGCCCCCUGCACGCAUGCCCUCACCUACAAACAAACACACUCGCACAGACACACACACACACCCAUUGAGGCCCAGCACACGUGCCCAGCGCCCCAUUCCUCUUCCUGCCGUUAUCUGGGUUUGUUGACUCAGAGGCCGACAGGAAGUCACACACACGUCCCUGCGGCCUCACAGGAAGUGGUGCGUGUCGACACACACGGGUGUUAAGUGACCGUUUACCUGUGGCCAAAGACCUCUCUGACUCCUCACUGAGUGGCGUGUUUUUACCCCCUUAUCUAAAUAAGCUGCCCGUCAGCUGCCCAGGCGGUACCCUAUAGGAGUGUGUGUGUGUGUGUGUGUUGGUCGUCUCAGGAAAUAGCGCUCUGUCCUUGUGUGCCACUCACUACUCCUGUAAUUAUUCACAUUAUUCAAUUUCCUCAACUUCAAAGGAUUCAGGAGGGACAACUCCGACGCUUUGUAGUGAACGAUGCAUAUUCACAUGAAAACACACACACACACAGUUCCCUCAUUAGCCCUUAUUAAAAGACCCUACAUUUCCACAACAUCCACACUAAGGUGCUUCUUGACUUCCUCUUUUAUCUAGUUUUUUUAAAACUCUGCCUUUAUCUGGGCUGUUGAAGUUGGAGGCCCUUGGAGAUAAACUCCUUAUCUUCUCUGCAGGCCUCUUCCGCUAAGAUAGUUUGAUGUCCCUCAAACUCAUGUACAUGUUGACACUCACUCAAGUUCAGCAAUGCUCAUACACAGAACUUAUGCAGGCAGGCACGUGCACACGCAUGCACUCGCACACGCACACACACAAUCAACCACAACUCACUCCAAUACCUUAAACUUCCACAUUUAGAUGCAAUGGUGGUCCAUUGUACAGUAGACACAUUCAUACAUAACACUUGUCUUCUCUCCUUAUUAUGCCUCAGUCACAACCCUAAUACUGCAGCUGCACUCACAAAGCCCCCAACACAAAGACCCAUCUAUUCAGCCUCAGCACAUGACACCAGGCCUGAAUACAUAUUUAUAAAAAAGAAUGUUCCUCCCCGAUCCAUUCUAAUGUAAUUGGGUUAGCAUCUCCCAGCUCUGUGAAGUGUCCAUUUAUAGCUGUGUGUGUGUGUUUGCGUGUGUGCGUGCGUUUCUAUGGGCUAUAAGUAGUAAAGGCCCCAAAAAUAAAAUAAAUGAAUACCUAAAGGGGAACUACAAUUUCGAAAUCAAAUAGCUAAAUGAUCCAUGGAGCAGCUUGCGAUGCCCAUCAGCCUUGUUACUUUAUCCUCAAGAAGGCGCGAUCUUGAGGCCGUGUUUACUCUGUUUAGGAGGAAGAAUCCCCUCUCGACGGGCACACUGAAAACGAGGACAAUCAACACAAUCUUUGCCAAUUUUGCCCAGUCGGGGUACACUUAGCUGAAGUCCCUUAUGAGGACCUUGCGUCUUUUGCGUGAGUAAAAAUAGAAACUCACACCCGACACUAAUUUCCAAGCACCUUGAGGAUUUAUUAGCUUAUGAAGUCUAUUUGCCUUUGAAGUUGGAGCACAUCGACUGGUAUUUCCAUCAAUGAAUAAAAUGCAUUAUGUUGUAUAGUUUUUUUUAUUUUUCUCCCGGACAAUUUGGCCGGCAACAAAACAUAUAUAUAUAUAUUUUUUACUUUUACCCUUUUUCUCCCAAAUUUUGUGAUAUCCAAUUGGUAGUUACGGUCUUGUCACAUCGCUGCAACUCCCCUACGGACUCGGGAGAGGCGAAUGUCGAGAGCCAUGCGUCCUCUGAAGCCGUACUGCUUCUUGACACACUGCUCACUUGACCCGGAAGCCAGCCUCACCAAUGUGUCAGAGGAAACAUCGUCCAGCUGGCGACCGAAAUCACCUUGCAGGCGCCCGGCCCGCCACAAGGAGUCGCUAGAACGCCAUGGGACAAGGAAAUCCCGGCCGGCCAAAACCUCCACUAACCCGGACGACGCUGGCCAAUUGUGCGCCGCCUCAUGGGUCUCCCGGUCACUGCCGGUGUGACACAGCCUGGGUUCGAACCCGGGGCUGUAGUGACGCCUCAAGCACCAUAGACCGCUGCGCCACUCGGGAUAAAAAAAUUAUAUAUAUAUAGGCCAAAAGCCGGCAUUUACCGGCUAAUGGAAACCCUGGUGCGUGCGUGGACUGCACUCAGGAAAAUGGCUUCUUCAAUGAGCCCAAGAUUAAAAUAUGAAAGAUGAAAUUAUGAGAUUGCAACGCAUUUGUGUGAAGAUGUGUAUGUGUUCAUAAUGUGACUUUAAAAUGCCAGUUAGAGUCAACUACAUUACAACCCACACUAUUGUAAUCAAAUGUCCUAUCCACCCUUACUUGUAUGAAAGAACUGCAAUCUCUUGUUUUGUGUGUGUGUCCGAGCGCACACAAAUCAUAUAUUGGCAACAUAUAUUUUCUCAUGAGAUUUUAGCAGUUUGGGAAAAAGUAAUAUAUUUCACCUCUGGGCUUGUCAGCAACAAAAGGGCAUAGCUUACACGUACAUAUCCUUGUGGGGACCUAAAAUAAAUUCCAUUCAAAAUCCUAUUUUCCCUAAACCUAAACCUUGCCAUAAGCCUAACUUUAACCCGUAACCCAAACCCUAAACCUCAACCUAACUCCUAAACCUAACCACUAACCCCUUACCCUAAUUCUAACCCUAAUUGUAACCCUAAACCUAACCCCUAAGCUUAAAAUAGCCUUUGUCCUCAUGGGGACGUGGGAAAUUUCCCCACGAGGGAGAAUUUUCCUUGUUUUAUUAUCCUUGUGGGGAUUUUAGGUCCCCACAAGGAUAGACGAACCAACCCACGCACACACUCAGAAAAGCGUCCCUCUGUUCCUUGUGGAAGAGAACACUCUGUGUUAACUGCCCUGUCUUCCUCUGUGAGGUGUUGACAUAGUUGUUGACAUGCAGCUCGCAGCAGAAUAACAUGGUGUAGAGAGUGAUGGAAUGAUAGCUGGAUAUCCUGUCAUUCACACAGAGACAGAAUGACUCCCACUGUCCUGUUGGAAGGGUUAAUGGCCAUAUCCUAGGACCUUAAAACAGUGAUGCAGUUCCUACUGACGUUUCCCUGUGACAUUUUCCAUGCUUAUGUUUAGGAUGAUGUAAUUAUUUAACCUACAUACACUGAGUGUACAAAACAUUAAGGAUACAUGUUCUUUCCAUGACUUAGAAUGACCAGGUGAAUCCAGGUGAAAGCUAUGAUCCCUUAUUGAUGUCACUUGUUAAAUUCACUUCAAUCAGUAUAGAUGAAGGGGAGGAGACAGGUUAAAGAAGGAUUUUUAAGCCUUGAGACAAUUGAGACAUGGAUUGUGCAUGUGUGCCAUUCAGAGGGUGAAUGGGCAAGACAACAAAUGUAAGUGCCUUUGAACAGGGAAUGAUUGUAGGUGCGAGGCGCACCGGUUUGAGUGUGCCAAGAACUGCAACGCUGCUGGGUUUUUCAUGCUCAACAGUUUCCCGUGUUUAUCAAGAAUGGUCCACCACCCAAAGGAUAUCCAGCCAACUUGGAGUCAACGUGGGCCAGCAUCCCUGUGAAACGCUUUCGACACCUUGUUGAGUCCAUGCCCUGACGAAUUGAGACCCUUCUGAGGGCAAAAGGGGGGAGGGGUUCAUAAUGUUUUGUACACUCAGGGUAUACUGCCAUCUAAAUUACUGACACUUGUUUAUUUAUUGUUUGGGAAUAUUCAUUCAAAUCACAAACUGUGCUGUCCAUCAGAUGAGCUGAGACCCUUGUUUAGAAGCAAAAUGAUAGCUUCAAGUUCAAUUUGCACAUGCUCAGAACGUGACUCCGGUUACUUAGACAAUAAGAAUAGGCGACCGGGUCUCAGAAGCGCAGCCUGGGCCUAGUCUUAGUAUUUUGUCUUGAGGUGUGAUCCUUGCCUUUCAAGAAAAAAAUGAUAAUAAAACCUGAUCUGGACUUGAUUGUCAGUGUCCCAUGUGGGUUAGUUUGUCCCUCGGAUUGGAUUGGAUGGGAUGUGGAUGUAUGGUUGGGGAGAUGGAUGGAUGUGCCCUGGGCAGGAUCAAGGGGUCACGUCACACACGGCUGACCUGAAAGUGUGGUCAUCAGACAGGAAGCGUGGUGGCCUCGCAGCUAGCCAGACCCGUUCUUCUUUUUGGCCGUGUUCGAGAGAAUCAAAACAGUGAUGUAUCAUGGGUAAAUUGUGACUGACUGAUUUACAAAUAAUAUAGAGUAGUUAUUUGUGAUGGAAGGUGAUUUGUAGAUCAAUCAGUCUUCGACACGCCUAUAAAAUUUGGCUGCAAUGAUCGAACACUCCUUUUGUCUUUCUGUCCAUCCAUCUGUCCAUCUGCCUUCAGACAAGCUCAGCGUGGCGGUCACCUAUACGUCUGCAUGCCCAUCACAUAUAGAGCUGUCUGCUUUCGCUUCCUCUCCCUUCUCCACUCCACUCUGCGCUUCUUUCUCAUUGUUUGGUUGGCCCCCGGAUGGUUGUGUCCUGGAACCAUGGUAGCUAACCACUCAAGGUGACAAACGCACAUACACCAAAAUUAUCCCAACCAUCAGUCAUUUGGCUUCCUCUCCUCCCACUACCGAGGCACAGGUACAGAGAACAGAAGAACCCAACAUUACUUCCCAUAAUUGGCAGACUUCGUCCGUCUCCGAUCGAGCGGUGGCGAGAGAGAUCCCAUCUUAAUUGAAUGUCGCUCUCGUCGCUAAUCUGCCUCUUUUGAAAGCGUCUAUUCAGAAGCCCGGCUGACUGAAGAGAGUGUAUUAAUCAGUCUCCUUACACCCCCACCUCCCCCUUCUUCUUCCCCAUGGGUAGAAAGGUUCCUUUUGUCUUCCUCGUUCCUCUGAUCGGGGGUGGUCUCCCCACCUCUUAAAGCCUGUUAACAAGCACUUGAGGAGAGACAAUGAUGCGUGUUGUGCGCCAGCGGAGCCACAGGGCUCAGGAAUUGAAGGGUUUGGCUCUGCCCCUAAGGAAGGUAUUACAGGAUAUUAGUGUGGGUGUGUGUGGACCACCAGGGGUGUGUGUCUCACACCGGGAGAUUUAGUUGGCUGUUUAUAUGUGGUUUAGACCCUUAAUAACAUUUGGUGGACAUUAGUAGAUAAACAUAUCUGAUGUGAGAAUGUGUGAGUGUGAGUGUGUGUGUGUGUUUUAAACUCAGCCCACCACACAGUGACCCAAAAAGUAUUUGCAUCAACAGAUCAAACCAAAUACAUUCAUAAAAAUUACAAAGUAAUGCUGGAAUAUCUAUCCCCUCACACUGACAAUGGAAUAUUCUGCAGCUGUUACAUCUCUUUAGAUUCCCCUUCUCCUCCUCUCCUCCUCUCCCUUAUGGAUGUGUGUCAGGGAUAGAGGCCCAAAGAGACCUGUCUGUCACAUCAACUGUCAAAGUGUCUAGUCUGAGCUGGAUCCUUGCGUCAGUCUUUUCACUGACUCCGUUGCAUAAAGAAUAAAUGGAGCCACAUUCAGAAUGAACGCUUCCUAUCUUUACUAGUCCGUGUACAAUGGAGCUUCCACAAUAGCUUUAGGUGAUGGUGAUGGAACUCCAUGAGAGUGAGGCCCCAGACUAGACCGCCCACUUGCCAAGGGGCUCUACCCAGGAAAAGAGAGGGUUGAGGGGGCUAGGCUGUCAGGUCUUCCCCUGCUGAGGAUCCAGGGGUGGAGAACAGAGGGGGUGUUCUGUUGGCUAAACAAGGGCCUCCUCAGGACUCGGGUGCAUGUCACCCAACACCAGUGGGAUUAUAGUGAGAAGCCAGUAAAGCUACACUGAGCCGCUCUUUCCUGCCUCUGUCGUUAGAGCGCUGGCCGUAUGGCAACCUGGGAGGUUCAAAAUAAAUCUGCUUCCAAUAACAGAUAAGGUAUGAAGGAAAGCAGCUCAAUGAGCUUUUGGAUUUUAUAUUAGGCAGCUGUGAAAAAUAAAUCAAAAACGCACAGACAUACUCUGUGUGUCCCUUAGAUUGGCCUAACAUGUUGUGGGCUGAGUUUAAAACGCACACACAAUUAUUGUUAACAAAUGUAAACAUAUACAGUACACACAGAGAGAUAAAAAAGACAAACAUGUUUGCUCUCCUCACAGGAAAAUAGGCCGGCGAUGUGAAAGAGCCUCAAAGCACCUCUUUACAGGCCCGUUUCCCUGGUGACAAAACCCCAGCACCACUUUCUCUCUCACCGCUCUGUCAUAAUGACAGACAUUUUUCUUUUCUUUUGUCGCCAUUUCUUUGUCUUCUCUGUUUCUUUUAUUCUUUCAUUUGGUAGCCAAUUCUCGCUCGCCGUACCACCGGGUCAUUUUGUUCACGUUAAGAGUGGGAGGAAGGAGGAGAGAGAAAAAGGGAGAGGAGGAGAGAGAGAGUGAAUGGGGGGUACCUCCAGGGAUGGGUUAUUACUUUUAAAUGAUCCCCCUGUCGCCCUCCCUCCAUCGCUCUCUAGAAGGAUGUAUAAAAAGGUUAUUAUGUUUCCUUUUGAAAUGGCACUCGCUCUGUCUGUGCCUUUCAUGUUCAAAUGGAAUUACCUCUCUCUGCCUCCCUCUCCUUCCUCGUUCUCUCUUUCUCACCACCUGCUCCUUCUCGCUUCCCAUCUUCCUCUCCCUCUUUUUUAUUCUUCCUCCCCUCUCCCCUGUUUUUCACCACCUUGGAUCCAUAAUGCAAAUAUCCCUCUUCAUUCGUUUUUGUUUCUCUUUCUCCCUCAACCUCUCCCAUACCCCUUAUCACCUUUUUCUUUCAUCCUCUUUUCCCGCUCUCUCUCUCCCCGUCAUCCUCAUUCGAUGAGUUUCUCUUUCUGUGUGUGUCUAUUUCACUCUCAGCAUUGUAUUUUUAUUGACUGCACUAUGCUUGUUUCAAUAUCAAAACAAUCUCUCUCUCUGUCUUCCGCUUCAUCCUUCAAUCUCCCUCUUUCAGAAAGGGGAGGAGGCAAGCCCCCUGUUGCUGGAGGACGGGCGGGAGCAGCUGAUGUUCGAGGUGCCCCUGAACGACACGGGCUCGGCCGGCCUGGGCAUCAGCCUCAAGGGCAACAAGUCCCGGGAGAAGGGCGAGGAUCUGGGCAUUUUCAUCAAGUCCAUCAUUCACGGAGGGGCCGCCUACAAGGUACAGAAGCAGGAAUGAACUAUCUGAUGAGCUGUUUUGCUUCUGUCUUUUUUCUAUCUCACUGUUUCCUUUCUCUCGGUCGAUCUCCCUUUCUCUGUUGUCUGUCUUUUCUUUUUUCCAAUUCUCGCUCAGCCUGCUCUCUAUCUCUUUCUGUCUCUAUCUCCACCCUGGUUCCCUUUCUACUGUCUCUCUUUCCUUCUUUCUUCCACUCUCUGUGCCAUCUAUUUUUCUCUUUACUCUGAUAACCCCAACACUCAGCAGUCCUGCCCACAUCUGUUUCAGUUCCCCUGACCUCUGACCCCUGGUGACCCCAUUAACCUCGCCCCUCUGGCAGUGUGCUCAGACUUUUGCCAAAGCGGGACCCCCCACCCCCCCGGGUGGAUCGGAGUGGGGGCCCUUUCUAGAAUCUUCGACUGAAGGCCACACUCCAUCUCUGUAGUGCCACUUGGAGUAGAUAGAUACUCUCUGAACUCCCCUGGUUCCCAUCUCUUUAGCUAGAUCAGAUGAAAGCAGCUGGGCAGGUGUUGUGUCCCUGUGUAGAUAAGGCCUGCACUGGGAACAGGGCGAUGAGGUACUUGAGCAAUACUAGUACAUCAGAGCUUCGGUGGAAGCCUCAAACUGGACUUAUGAACUCUUCUCUCAGAGGUAUUUGGUAUUUAUUAGGAUCCCCAUUAGCUGCUGCAAAAGCAGCAGCUACUCUUUCUGCGGUCCACAUGAAGCAUGACAUAAUACAUAGUACAGAACAUUAUUAAUCAAGGACAGAACUACAUCAAUUUAAAACAUCACACAUAGCCUACAUCUCAGUACAUACACACAAUAUCUAGGUCUAAUACAUAAUACAGUCCAAAUUACUAUAUAAUAUAUCAAAUGGCUGUGUGUCUUCACAGUCCCCUUUGUCCAGUAAGGUGUUCUUUUAUACGUUUUUUAAAUCUGGUUUUAUUGCUAGCUUGACUUACCUUGGGUGGCAGAGAGUUCCAUGUAGUCAUCGCUCUAUUUAAUACUUUCUUUUUCCCAGCCUCUGUUCUGGACCUGGGGACUGUGAAGAGAACUCUGGUUGCAUGUCUUGUGUUGUACCGAUGAGUGUCCGAACUGUGUACCAACUGCUUGAACAGACAGUUCGGUACCUUCAACACAUCGAUACCUCGCACAAAGACCGAUAUUGAUGCUGUCUAUCUCUCAUCAACUUUGAGCCAGGAGAGAUUGACCUGCAUGUUACUGAUACUUGCCCUCCGUGUACAUCUAAAUGCGAUACGUGCUGCUUUGUUCUGGAGCAACUGCAAUUUACCUAUGUCCCUCUUUGCCGCACAUGACCACACAUCUGGGCAGUAGUCCAGGUGCGACUAAACUAGGGCCUGUAGGACCUGUCUGGUCGACUGACAUGUCAAGAAGGCAGAGCAACGCCCUAUCAUGGACAGACCUCUUCCCAUUUUAGCAACCCAUUGAGUCUAUAUGUUUUGACCAUGACAGCUUGACCAUCACUCCCUCUAUCUUCCAUCUCCUCUUCUGGUUGCCUUCUCAAAGUGUUUCAGUCCAACCCUUUUCCAAAAACAAGAAACAGGGAAGAAGGGAGAUUGAGAGACCGAGAGAGAUAAAAAAUACAAACUUGGAGCGAGAGAAAGUUGAUGAGACAUUUAUAGCAUAAAUUGAAAGUGCAUGUGUGUGUGGUGUGGGGGGCUGAGGUGUGUGUGUGUCUCUGCUUGUGUGUCUGUGUGUGUUGCCUGUGUCGCAGGCUCCCUCCCUGCGCUGUGUGUGUGUGAAUGCUAAUUAAAAACUCUAAAGAGGCUAGCUAAUGAGCGUGUGCAGGAGGGCUGAGACGCUCGGUCUGUCCCCAGAGUCUCUCUCUCUGGCUGUCACAUAGUCUCUCUACAGGCAGCCAAGGGAGGAGAAGCCACAGCCUCACACUGAAACUGGGACCUAACCCAAUUCUGACAGUGUGUGUGUGUGUGUUUGUUUGUGUGUGUGUGUGUGUAGGGGGGGGGGGCACGACUUCCUUGUGCAAAGUCCUCACAAGGACAGUAAAACAAGGAAAACAAGUGUGGACAUUUUGCCGGUCCCCACAAGGAAAAAGGCAAUUUUAGGCUUAGGGGUUAGGGUUACAAUUACGGUUAGGUUUGGUGUUUAGGCUAAGGGUUAGGUUUAGGGGUUAGGGAAAAUAGGAUUUUGAAUGGGAAUCAAUUGUUUGGUCCCCACAAGGAUAGUAAAACAAACGUGUGUGUUUGUAUCUGACUUCCGGUUUGUGUGUGUCUUUUCAGGUAUGUGUGUAUGUGCGCUUGCUCGCACACGUAUGUGUGAUUCUCUCUGUGUGUGUGUGCGCGUGUGGGCUUCUGCUUGCCCGUACGUGUUACUUGGUGUGUGUGUGCGUGCUUGCUUGCAUGUCUUCGGAAUUGUGUGUGUGUGAUCUGAUAGGAUCAGAAGGUUUUCGGCGGUGUGAGAGGUCAGAGCCUGGCGGGGGCUGCUUAAUGACUGAGGUCAGAGGUCAGUGGUGACUAAUGGCUUGAUGGGGCUGGUGGCACUGGGGAAUCUUUAGUACCUCUGGCCAUGUCUCUGUAUGUCUGUCUGUCGGUCUCUGUCUCUCUCUCUCUCACUCUCUCUCUCGCUUUCUCUUUCUUUCUCUUUUCUACAGGUGUGACUUGGUCUGUAGUAGCUGCUACAUUAACAUUCUCUCUCCCUCUCUCUCCACCUCCUUGUCUCGCUCUCCUUCUCCUUUCUCUCCCUCUAUCAAUGUUCCUACCCCUCUCUUUCUCUCUCACUGCUCUCCCCCACCUCUACUAUUUCCCACCCACUCCCCUCUCCAGGACGGCCGCCUGCGGGUCAACGACCAGCUGAUUGCGGUGAACGGCGAGGCGCUGCUGGGCCGCUCCAACCACGCCGCCAUGGAGACCCUGCGCCACUCCAUGUCCUGGGAGGGCAAUGCCCGCGGCACCAUCCAAUUGGUGCUCCUCCGCCCCGCCCCCUCAUCUGGCUCCGCCCACAACACCACUGCCAAUGCCCAGGUACGCUACGAACGGGACAACGAGCUCCGCGGUUCACUACUUCGCCGGCGAGCGUCUGACCCAAGGGGUCUCCGAUACAGGCACAGAUAUAUGCAGGGGUCAGCGCAAAGCUAUACACUUAGUGAUACACACAGGUACACAAUGCAAGGGAACUUGCAUAGUCAAACACUCGGUAACAGACACGGACACACGCAAGGCGCAGCACACAGCGAGGUACAGAGCAACACACACAGAUACUCUGAAGGCAGGGCACAGGUAUACACACAGGGGCACACACACAGCUACACGGAUGACAACAUACAGAGACACACACUCGGCAAUGUGCCACACAGCCACACAACAGGCAAUGUACAGAGCAACACAGACAGGUCUAGGUCCUUAGACGGCCAUGUCCACAGAUACACGCAGGAAGGCACACGCAGUCACACACCUGACAACAUACACAGGGACACACGCAGUCACACACCUAACAAUUUACACAGACCUAUAUGCAGCCACACACCCGACAAACUAUACAUUCACACAAGAAGCCAAACACCUGACAACAUAUACAGUCACACACACAGCCACACACACGACAACAUACACAGCUGCACACACAACAACCCACGCAGCCAAACAACCGACAACCUACACAGCCACGCAAACCGUUACACACACAGUCAAACGCAUGACAACACACACAGUCACACACGUAGUCACACACCCGACAACAUACACAUCAGCAACACACAUGCAUAUGUAGAGAGCAUAAGGGCGCUGACAGGGGCAAUGUACGGUGACCUACACAGACAUGACAAAACAUACAACCACUUUGACAUAAACAGAAACACACCCCAAUCCAACUACACACACAACCAGGACCUGAUGCGACAUCACCACCACAGGCUCUCGGAAGGACCCUGAGAGAACACACACACACGUUUGUGCGUAUAUUUAUAUAUAUGUGUGUGUGUGUGUGUGUGUAUGCAUUUAUUGAUAAGUGUGUAUUUAUGUGAGAGUGUGUGCAGCAUGAACUCUUUCCCCUGCCCAAAACUAUUCCCUCUUCCCACAAUGAUCGCCUUCAUACAGACAAUGACUAUUAACCACAAACCCGCUUAUCUGCACUACUUAUAAAUAAUGACUGAAUUGCGUAUUAAUUAUCAUUAUUAAGAAGUUACCACUAAUUUAGCUGACAAUAGUUUUAACUCACAAAAACUGGUGUUUCACUGUCUCUCUUCUAAUCUUUGUCUGCAAUGCUACUGACAAUCUGGCAAUAUUGCCAAUAUCCCUGAACUGCUUUUUAUACCUAUCCUGUUCCUUGUGUUUACUAACUUAUUUACUUUCAUUAUUUUUGUAUUGUUCACUUUUCACCAGACCUGUCACUCAAUGUUGUGUUUUUAAUCUCACAAAAGUCCUUUGUUGAAUAAAGUAUUCCUAAAGCAUUCCUCUUGCAUGCUGUCUGUCUGUUUCACUGUGGUGGUAUGGUGAUUCCUUGCUUUCCACUGGCUAGUACUCCCGUCCUCUCUUUUCCUGAUGUUUACAGUGUAUUCAGAAAGUAUUUUUCCACAUCUUGUUACGUUACAGCCUUAUUCUAAAAUGGAUUAAAUAGUGUUUUUUUUCACUCAUCAAUCUACACACGAUACCCCAUAAUGACAAAGCAAAAAAAAAACGGAUAUAUCACCUUUACAUAAGUAUUCAGACCCUUUACUCAGUACUUUCUUGAAGCACCUUUGGCAGUGAUUACAGCCUCGAGUCUUCUUGGGUAUGACGCUACAAGCUUGGCACACCUGUAUUUGGGGAGUUUCUCCCAUUCUUCUCUGCAGAUCCUCUUAAGGUCUGUCAGGUUGGAUGGGGAGCGUCGCUGCACAUCUAUUUUCAGGUCUCUCCAGAGAUGUUUGAUCGGGUUCAAGUCCGGGCUCUGGCUGGGCCACUCAAGGACAUUCAGAGACUUGUCCCGAAGCCACUCCUGCGUUGUCCUGUUGGAAGGUGAACCUUCGCCCCAGUCUGAAGUACUGAGCGCUCUGGAGCAGGUUUUCAUCAAGGAUCUCUCUGUACUUUGCUCCGUUCAUCUUUCCCUUGAUCCUGACUAGUCUCCCAGUCCCACAGCAUGAUGCUGCCAUCACCAUGCUUCACCGUAGGGAUGGUGCCAGGUUUCCUCCAGACAUGAUGCUUAGCAUUCAGGCCAAAGGGUUCAAUCUUUUCAUCAGACCAGAGAAUCUUGGUUCUCAUGGUCUGACAGUCCUUUAGGUGUCUUUUGGCAAACUCCAAGCGGGCUGUCAUUUGCCUUUUACUGAGGAGUGACUUCCGUCUUGCCACUCUACCUUAAAGGCCUGAUUUGUUGGAGUGCUGCGGAGAUGGUUGUCCUUCUGGAAGGUUCUCCCAUCUCCACAGAGGAACUGGAGCUCUGUCAGAGUGACCAUCUGAUUCUUGGUCAUCUCCCUGACCAAGGCCCUUCUCCCCCGAUUGCUCAGUUUGGCCAGGCGGCCAGCUGUAGGAAGAGUCUAGGUGGUUCCAAACUUCUUCCAUUUAAGAAUGAUGGAGGCCACUGUGUUCUUGGGGACAUUCAAUGCUGCAGAAAUGUUUUGUUAUUCGUUCCCAGAUCUGUUCCUCGACACAAUCCUGUCUCGGAGCUCUAUGGACAGUUCUUUCGACCUCAUGGCUUGGUUUUUGUCUCAUAGCAAGGGUCUGAAUACUUAUGUAAAUAAGGUAUUUCUGUUUUUUAUUUUUUAUAAAUUUGCAAAAAUGUAUAAAAAUGAUUGUUUGUAGAUUUAAUAAAUUUUUGAAUAAGGCUGUAACGUAACAAAAUGUGGAAAAAGUCAAGGGGUCUGAAUACUUUCCAAAUGCACUGUAUACACCUCUCGAUCUUUCUUUGGAAUUGUUAUCUUUCAGUCUCUUUCUUUCUUGGGGCUUAUUCUUUCUCUCUCUUCGCUGGGUAUUGUCCCUAUCCCCCAUACUGACCCCUAACAAACAGUCGAGUGGCUCAUUCACUCUCAAAUUAAGAGGCCAAAGAAAUGUGGAAAACCACUUUCCCCUUAGGGUUGAUCAAGUUUUCUACUACAGUAGAUUUUACUGCACUAUCCUCAUUCUAUAAAUAUAUGCACUUCAGAAUUCCACAGUCAGAAAAGGAAAAGCAUUAUAUAAACUGCUAUAGCAAUAUGACAGCAAAGCAGACAUGAUAUGCAGACAGACUACCAUACUUAGUUGUUUUUUGCACUACUACCAAUUAUUUACAAGGCUUUGUUACUGAUUUGUACUCAUUCUCAGAUAAUAAAGACGUGAAACGUUUGUGAUGUUCCCUAGUGGACAGCUGCAUCUUGGGUAAUCACAACAGCCAUUCAGAACCAUUGUGAACCGUGACAGGGUAUCUAUAAGUGAAAAAAGAAACCGUUACGGUCAGUGUUAAUGUCUGAUGGGAGGGUAGAAUGGAGGGGCAGGGUGGAGAAUGAGAUGAUACAGUAGGGGGUUAUGAGAUUAAAUGGGUGUGACCAAUGACCCUCCCCUUUUGUGUCCUCCUGUCUGUCUCUCCUUGGCCACACCCCUUCUGGAUGUCAGGCCUGAGGAAAGGGCAGUGGUGUGGUCUUAGGAAAUUGGCAAGGGAAAUUGUGUGUGUUGGUGCACGAUAUCCCCACCCCACACCCUUCCAAACCGGCAGGAAAAUACCUUGACUGCGUGUGUGUGUGUGUGUGUGUGUGUGUGUGUGUGUGUGUGCUCCCUCAGAGCCUGUAGGAAAAUGUGUUAACUGCCCGUGCAGUUCUCACUGCAUAUCUCGGUAGGCUAUAUUCACUCAGCAAUCCACACACACACACACACACACACACACACACACCAGGUCUAAUCUUAUCAAACCACGAGACCCCGUGAUGAAAGACCAAAGCCUUGAGGGUAGCUCCAGGACCCCCACCUCUCUCUCUAACCCUACCCAACUCAGAGGAGGUGGUGGUGGGGGAAACAGUGUGUGUUUGGUGGGGCGUUCCUCCAUAGCCUCAUUGUGUUGACCAGCAGGUUGUUAUUGUUCUGUGGAUUAAGAUGUGAGCUCCUCUCUGGCUGCUUUGAUGGCUUUGCCUGGCUGUCAAAGACCGAUGAGACAGAUGGGUGGAUGGAUGGAACGGUACCGUGUGUGUGUGAGCCAUUCUGACAGACUAAGAUGUGUGUGACAGUAAUACAUGUAAAGAGCCGUGGUUGCCACUAAUGAUGCCAUUGGGAACAUGUGUGUGUGACUGCACGCAGGAACAAAAGCACCACGGACACCCCCCAAAGCCUAACUCACACUGUGCUACCGAACGCAUACAAUGAAAAUCCCCUUUGAUAUGAGGAUGAUGGCAUAAUGAAAGGAGUUAUAACAUAGAGACGGUGAGCGCGUUACGCCACUACUGCUCAUUACGUAUAAUGUGACAAUGAUGCAAAGCCCAUAGCCACACACCCACAGAGUUACAGAGAGACAGGGUGUGGGGGAUUUUGCAUCUAUCCAUUUAUUUGUAUGCACGUGUGUGUGUGUGUGUGUGUGUGUGUGUGUGUGUGUGUGUGUGUGUGUGUGUGUGUGUGUGUGUGCCUGCCUGUGUGUGUGACAGCUGUAGAUCUAACCACACAUCGCUCUCAAAGGAGAUUCUUUUAUCUACAGUACAUCUCACUCUGCCACCAGCUCUCUCUAUCUCUCUGUUUGCGUCUCAAAUGGCAUCCUAUUCCCUACAUAGUGCACUACUUUUGACCAGGUCCCAUAGGGUGCCAUUUGGGAUGCAGCUUCUAUCUGCGUCUCCAUCUGCUCCUCUGCGGCGGUGGAGGCUGUCCGAUAACACGCCUGUCAUCAGCAUGAGGGAUUAACGUAAUUACACUAUUUACAACCCUCAACCAAACAGCGAGUCUGUGGUGCAGCAGCUAUUGUCCUCUUACUGAUGAAACACACUCAAACACAAUGUAAGCCAAUGGGAAGAUUUCUGUUAUGAUUUCAAUAUGAAAUUGGUAGAGUUCGUACAGUGCAUUAGGUAGAGUUUGUGUACAGUGCGUUGAUACUGUACAAUCGCUGCUUAGACACUGAUACUAUAUCCAUGUGAGCCAGUGCAUGCUACCGCCAGAUAAGCUUGAAAAUCAAUAGACUCAACAAGCAAUUUGAUUACUUCCUGUGACUCCCAUGAGCAUGAGGAAGAUUCAGACUGAAGUCAAUGGAAGAGUGGCACAUUGUUAUUUACUCGCAUGUUGAGUGUCUAGGUUUUCAAGCUUCUCUGAUGCUAGCCCACUUUGGUUCGAACGGAAAUAGAAUGAUAGCGGGUAAGCGGCUACUGUGUCUCCCAUAAUGGUAGUUAUAGAUAUAGUACUCUGAUACUCAAAGAUAUUGUAUGAUUGCAAUUUGCAAGUACACUUCUACAAAACAUAUGUGUGUCUAUACAAUGUACUUAUUGUCCCAAUAACUGUUCAAUUAAGAAGCACAUAUGUACAUUUUUCUCACUCAAUGAUUUUAUGUCCAGUGUCAUCCUUCUCAUAUUUUACAUGUACCUCUCACCUGAAAACACUUUCAGUGUCCAUCUAAUGUAGGAAAAACUGGGCCAUUCCAUGUCAAGUACUCAGGGAAAACUUUAGGCCCUAAUGCAAUGCAUUGCCCUCUGCUCCUCUCCUCUCCCCCUGGCUGUGACAGGAGAGCCAGGAGGUGGCUAGCCCCCAGAGCCACCAGGUCCCAGACGGCCCUUCCGGACCCCCGGCUCCAGCUACAGCCCUGGAGUCCCACCGCCACAGCAACGGCCCCAGCCCACAGCUGCCCAGCCAGCCGCCCAUGGUCCCGAACAACAUCUACUACAGCUUUAGAGGUGAGAGGACACAGUAGGGCCUGAACUGGAGAAGAGAUGGACACACUCAUACUGGUGCUUGACUUACACACACAGAGAGAUUAAUAUAGUAUACAUAUACACACACACACACACACACACACACACACACACAGUCACGCACAUACACACACACACGCAAAGAUGCACAUACACACUCCACUGUUAAGAAAGCUUGCCAUGAAACAAAAACUGUGUACAGCGACUUUAUCAAAGCAGUUAUAUACACUGAACAAAAAUAUAAACGCAACAUGUAAAGUGUUGGUCCCAUGUUUCAUGAGCUGAAAUAAAACAUCCCAGAUAUUUUCCAUAUGCACAAAAAGCUUAUUUAUUUCUAAUUUUUUGCUCAAAUUUGUUUGUAUCCCUGUUAGUGAGCAUUUCUCCUUUUGCCAAAAUAAUCCAUCCACCUGACAGGUGUGGCAUAUCAAGAAUUUGGCAGGAGUGUAUUUCCAACCGGCCUCACAACCGCAGACCACAUGUAUGGCGUCGUGUGGGCGAGCGGUUUCCUGAUGUCAACAUUGUGAACAAGGUGCCCCAUGGUGGCGGUUGGUUUAUGGUAUCGGCAGGCAUAAGCUACGGACAACAAACACAAUUUCAUUUUGAAUGCACAGAGAUACCGUGACGAGAUCCUGAGGCCCAUUGUCUUGUCAUUCAUCCGCCACCAUUACCUCAUGUUUCAGCAUGAUAAUGCAAGGCCCAUGUCACAAGGAUCUGUACACAAUUCUUGGAAGCUGUAAAUGUCCCAGUUCUUCCAUGGCCUGCAUACUCACCAGACAUUGAGCAUGUUUGGGAUGAUCUGGAUCGACGUGUAGAGCAGCGUGUUCCAGUUCCCGCCAAUAUCCAGCAACUUCACACAGCCAUUGAAGAGGAGUGAGACAACAUUCCACAGGCCACAAUCAACAGCCUGAUCAACUCUAUGCGAAGGAGAUGACUCUCUGCAUGAGGCAAGCGGUGGUCACCAGAUACUGACUGUUUUUCUGAUCCAUGCCCCUACUUUUUUUUUAAGUCAUCUGUGACCAACAGAUGCAUAUCUGUAUUCCCAGUUGUGUGGAAUCCAUAGAUAAGGGCCUAAUGAAUUUAUUUCAAUUGAGUGAUUUCCUUAUGUGAACUGUAACUCAGUAAAAUCUUUGAAAUUGUUGCAUGUUGGGUUUAUAUUUUGGUUCAGUGUGUGUAUGUAUAUAUAUAUAUCAUCACAGCUUUCAACCACCCCAUCUCCUCACGACCAACCACAUACUACAGACAUUAUGCCUGCUGUUUGCAAAUGUACCAUGUCCCACCUAUUCCAACGCACUCCAUUUCACUUCACUUUCAUACUUGACUUCAUCUGCACCGAUUUAUGGCGAGGGGGGGACUCAUUAGCCGUGUUUUUCCCAGUACGUAUCUCCCUCGCUUUCAUGUGCAAAGUUCUGACCUUGGAAUCGUUAUGCUGAUGAAAUGGCUUCUAAGUGGGCCAGAUUUGCAUACGGACUAUUGUGCGAGCAGCAGAAGAGAGGACUACAAACUUUUACAUUCAUUCUUUGGCUUUUUUUUUUACCUCCCCCGGAGAUUGCAGGAAGCCCUCAAAGCCAGUGCUUUCAGAUAAAACAGAAAAAUAAAGGUUGGGCAUAGAAAUACAGUAGUUACUGUUUGCUGUGGCAGUGUAGGAGGUAUUGUCAUGUGUAGUAGUACCUAGUGGAAAUGCUCACAACAUUAUAUGGGCUUAGCUUUAUCCACUGAUAUUCACGUACUGCUCAAUUUGACACAAUUCCUACAUGCCGCUGUAGCUUGUCUGUCUCCUACUCUAACAGACUUAGGCAGGUGUUUGUGUGCUGUGUUUGUGUGUGUGUGUGUUCUGUACAUGUUUCGUGAUGCGUACAGAGUUGACCUUGCCAAGCUACAUGAAGUAUCGAUCCAUCAUCCAAGGAGAAUCAGUUACAUUAAUUUCCAUUGUGUGUGUGUAUGUGCGUGCGUGCACUCAGUUGAAUAUCCAUCCCUCAAUACUGUUUAGCUCCGUCAGAUGAUUGAGUGUGUGUAGGUCUACUGCAUCACUCUCCUAGGCAGGCAGUCUCACAGACAACUAGCAUUGGCACAGCUUCUAACGCGAUGGCUGUAUACCAAAUGGCACCCAUAGGGCUCAGAAGUAGUGCACUAUAUAGGAAAUAGGGUGCCAUUUGGGACAGAUCCCAUGCCUCCUGUCUCAGUGGCCCUUCAUAAAAAGUGAUGACUGCUUUAGCUCCAGCCAGAGGAAGAUAUAUUUUUCCUCUUAUAACAGGACUGUCACUUUUGGCAAGUGUGAGUCUGCAUUGACAUGGCAUAGACCUCAUCCAUGUGUCUGAGAUGUAAUGUGUGCUUGACACAGUGGUAGUAGAGUAGAAGAGACCUGUCAGCACUGAUCUAGGUUCAGCUGAAACCACCCUCAAUCCUAACCGUAGUCUUUAGGGUGAUAAACUCAAAACUGACCUUAGAUCAGUGUUCAUGAAACACUCCAGCCUACUCUAUUAAAAGGCGUUGGUCACUGGUGGAAUUUCUGAUUGAUGUGUGGCUGUCUGUGCUGUUCGUCCCUAUCCUCUCCCCGUCUAGCUCCUCCCACUAACGGUGGCCACGCCCAUUACAAAGAAGAGGAGGAGAUGGAGGAGGAUUUCCCCCCGCCACCUUCGACUGGCGCC